AUGGCUGCGACCAAGACUAGGAGGAGUAGCUUCUCUCGCAGUUUUUCGGGUGCAAGCUCACCUCAAAUCCCAGGACUCAAGCAUGGACCCAAUGGGACAAUGUUUGUGUCAUCUGGGAUUCCAGACCUUGACAGUAAUCUUCUAACUAAUAAAGUAUUGGAAAUAUCAAGUGACAGCAACAUUUCUUGUGUUGGUCGUAUUGCCAUUCAAUCAUUCUGUGCUCCACAGUGUGGAUAUUCCAGCCUGGAAUGGGACAUGCUUUCCUUCCUUAGAUCUCUAAAAAGUAUGCUACGAUCUUCAAAUGCAGUUGUUGUUGUGACAUUUCCGCCUAGUCUUCUUUCAUCAUCCUCCUCUAUAAGAUGGCAGCACAUGGCAGACACCUUGCUGUCAGUUAAAGCAAUUCCCGAUGAGGACAAGGAAUUGGCAACGCUCCUUACUGGUUACCAGGACAUGGUUGGCCUUCUUAAUGUGCAGAAAGUAGCGCAGAUUAACACACAGGUUAUCAAUUCUGCUAGGCUACUUGAUACGAAUGUGCAAAUAUGCAACUACAUUACCGACCCAUUCACUCAGUCAUCCUUAGAGGCCCUUUAA